AUGUCCUCCAUGCUGGUGGGAACCAAGAGCCUGAUGCUGGAUGGCUAAGCCCCCAUGGAGGCUCAGUAUGCAGAGGAGAGUCCAGGAUCCUGGAUCUUCAGAGCAGAGCCCGGAGACCCACUGCCGAGGCCCGAGGCCCAGCAGCCACCCAUCUCCUGGGCAGGGCGCUGGUGCACAGGGCGGCGUGGCUGGGCCGUGUUGGGAGCCCUGGUGCUGCUGGCUGGUGCGAGCAUUGGCUCCUGGCUUCUAGCGCUGUAUCUGUGGCCGGCUGCCCCUCAGCCUGUUCCCAGGACCCUGCAGGGUGAGGAGAUGAGCUUAAACUGCUCAGAGGCCGGCGGUGAGGAAGCCUUUCUCCCCUCGCUUCCCAGAGCAGUGUCUUUCAGGAUAAAUACCGAGGACUUCUUGCUGGAAGUGCAGGUGAGGGCCCGGCCAGACUGGCUCCUGGUCUGCCACGAGGGCUGGAGCUCUGCCCUGGGGGUACGGAUCUGCCAGAGCCUUGGGCAUCUCAGACUCACAGACCACAAGGCAGUGAACCUGUCUGACAUCAGGCUCAACGGCUCCAGGCAAUUUGCCCCUAGACUGGGAGGCCUCCCGGAGGAGGUGGGGCAGCCCAGGGACAGCUGUACUUCUGGUCAAAUGGUCUCCCUCAGAUGCUCUGAGUGUGGGACCAGGCCCCUGGCUUCCCAGAUAGUGGGAGGGCAGGUGGUGGCUCCCGGGAGCUGGCCCUGGCAGGCCAGUGUGGCCCUGGCUGCCCGGCACACAUGCGGGGGCUCCGUGCUGGCCCCACACUGGGUAGUGACCACGGCGCACUGUGUGCACAGACAAGGCUGGGGGCUGCUGGGUUUCAGGCUGUCCCGCCGGUCCAGCUGGCGGGUCCAUGCGGGGCUGGUCAGGCCGCACCAGGGGGCUGUGGUGGAGCGGAUCAUCGCCCACACUCUGUACAGUGCCCAGAGUCACGACUACGACGUGGCCCUCCUGCAGCUCCGGACCCCGCUCCACUUCUCAGACACCGUGGGCACCGUGUGCCUGCCGGCUGAAGAGCAGGAUUUUCCAAGGGGCUCGCAGUGCUGGGUGUCUGGCUGGGGCUACACUGACCCCAGCCACACCCACAGGUCGGACACGCUCCGGGACACGGUGGUGCCUCCGCUCGGCACCCAGCUCUGCAACAGCUCUUGUGUGUACAGCGGGGCCCUCACGCCCCACAUGCUGUGUGCCGCCUACCUGGAGCAGAGGGCCGACGCGUGCCAGGUGCAGGCGGGCGGGGCGGGGGGUCCCCUGGUGUGCCUGGACAAGGGCACGUGGCGCCUGGUGGGGGUGGUCAGCUGGGGCCGCGGCUGCGCAGAGCCCAACCACCCCCCCGGCGUCUACGCCAAAGUUGCCGAAUUCCUGGACUGGAUCCAGGACACGGUGCAGGUCCACUAGAUGGAGGAGAAGCAGCAACCCUGGAUGCAGAAGGCGUGGAUCUCUUAUCCCUGCACGAGAGACAGUCACCACCCACCGGCCAGCCUCCAGGCCACAGGGCCUCUCCCCUCCAGCCCUG